ACACCGCCCCUCCGGAGGGUGCAGCGGGACCGCCAGGAGCCAACUAUCGGUUAGGUCUGCAGGCUGUAAACAAAUCUCCACCACGCCACAAUGUACGGUAAAGACACAUUUCCCGAGCAGCAGGUCUCCGCGCUGUCGCCGCCAAUGCUAACGUUCACCAUGUAGACCGACGACUACGUUUACAGCCCGGGAGCGUUACGACGGUUGAUUUUUGACACGGUGGCCGGACCUGUCAUUGCUUUGGCCGUUGGUAUCACAGGUAUUUCUACGCUACGGUUGUCAUGAUGGUCGCCGGGUGAAUUGCUAGCUCAAAGCUAGCUCGCUGACGGUUAGCAAACCGUAUAAAUCCGUCUCUUUUCGCACGGACCCGUACUAGCUACAAUCAUUUCAGAGGUACAUGAACAUGGCAUCGCCCACAGAGCACGACCUGGCUCUGUCUGAAGCGGACAGCAGCAAGGAGAAAGCGCAGGUGUUUGGGAUUCUGAGGCUGCAGGAAGAGAAGUCUGGUGUGGGUGACAAAGCUAACAGUAGCAGCACAGGGAGAGGUGGAGGAGGUGGUGGAGGAGACGGGCGAUGGCAGGCUCCUAUCUUCGCUUUGGCCAGAAAAGCAUCAGAGACCAUUUCAGGGAGCAUUCACGUCCUGCCGAAAGUGUCGGAGCACAGGACGUCUCUGCCAGGGGACUGGACCGUCCAAGCCAUGCGAGACCCUAUGGCCAUGGAGCGAGCCAACCUGCUGAACAUGGCCAAGCUGAGUAUUAAAGGGCUGAUCGAGUCGGCUCUGAGCUUUGGACGAACACUGGACUCAGACUACCCGCCUCUUCAGCAGUUCUUUGUUGUCAUGGAACACUGUCUCAAACAUGGUCUCAGAGUGAAGAAGUCCUUUCUGGGCUUUAACAAGUCUCUGUGGGGUCCUCUGGAGCUGGUGGAGAAACUGUGUCCUGAAGCAGCAGAGAUCUCAGCCUCUGUACGAGACCUGCCUGGACUUAAGACUCCGUUAGGCAGAGCCAGGGCGUGGUUGCGUCUGGCUCUUAUGCAGAAACGGCUGGCUGAUUAUCUGCGACUACUCAUCACCAGGAAAGACCUGCUCAGUGAUUUCUAUGAGAAUUCAGCACUGAUGCUGGAGGAGGAGGGAGCAGUGAUCGUGGGCCUGCUGGUGGGCCUGAAUGUCAUCGAUGCCAACCUUUGUGUCAAAGGCGAAGACCUGGACACUCAGGUCGGAGUGAUCGACUUCUCCAUGUACUUGAAAAAUGACAUUGAUGAUUACAGGAGUGAAGAGAGGAAUAGCCAGAUAGCAUCCAUCUUGGACCAGAAGAACUAUGUAGAGGAACUAAAUCGACAACUCAACUCCACAGUCCAUGGUCUUCAGGGCAGAGUCGACUCUCUGGAAAAGUCCAACUCUAAACUCAUAGAGGAGUUAGCCAUAGCCAAGAACAACAUCAUCAAACUACAGGAGGAGAACCAGCAGCUGAGGAGUGAAAACAGCCUCAUUCUGCUUAAGGCACAACAACAUUUAGAGGUAACCCAAGGUGAUGUGUCAGUGGAGAGAGACACAUACAAGCAGUCUCGUCAGGGUUUGGAUGAGAUGUACAACGAGGCUCGGAGACAGCUGAAGGAGGAGUGUCAGCUCAGACAGGACGUGGAAAAUGAGUUGGUAGUCCAGGUGUCAAUGAAACAGGAAAUGGAGCUGGCCAUGAAACUUCUGGAGAAAGAUAUUCACGAAAAACAGGAUACAUUAAUUGGACUGAGACAGCAACUGGACGAGGUCAAAGCCAUCAAUGUAGAAAUGUACCAGAAGAUGCAGUCGUCCGAUGAGGAGAUGAAGAAGAAGAACGACAUGAUCAGUCGUCUGGAGGAGAAGACCAAUCAGAUCACUGCCACCAUGAAGCAGCUGGAGCAAAGAUUACAGGAGGCAGAGAGGCACCGCACCUCGGCCGAGGAGGGAACCAGGCGCUUCAAGUUGGACUUUGCCAACAAGGCCGACAGCCUGCAGCGGCAGAUUGAACACAGAGAAAGGCAGCUCCAGCAGCUGGAGACAGACAUGAAGAUUGAGAGGGAGUGGAGACAGACGUUACAGAAUGAUCUGGACAAAGAGAGAGAGACGGUGGCUCAGCUUAGCACAGAGGCGCUGCAGAUCAACGGACUAAAAAAGGAGUUCCAUCGUCUCCAGGAUGAAAACAUUCAACUAAAGACCAUCUGUGAAGACCAAGAACAAGCUCUUGAGGAACUAGGCUCCAAACUCAGCGAAUCCAAACUGAAGAUUGAGGACAUCAAAGAAGCCAACAAAGCUCUUCAGGGGGGUCAGGUUUGGUUGAAGGACAAGGAAGCCAGCCACUGCAAGCUUUGUGAGAAGGAGUUUUCCAUCUCAAGACGAAAGCACCACUGUAGGAACUGUGGGGAGAUUUUCUGUAACAGUUGCUCUGACAAUGAGCUUCCUCUGCCUGCCUCACCAAAGCCAGUCAGAGUCUGUGACACCUGCCACGCCCUCCUCCUCCAGCGAUGCUCCUCCAAUCCAACGUGAGGGAGUCCCACACUGCCAGGACUGCUUCGAACGAUCAGAGAUCACACUCAUAAAUACCCAUCCUCCAGGCCUCCAUAAGACCCAUCCCCUAACUUACCUGAAGUGAGUGUUUGCUGCUAGGAAAGUUUGCUGCAUGAACGUGAAGGCCAUUUGAUCAGUCUUACUACAAGCUGAAGAAGAAAAUAUCUAAAACACACAGGCACCUCACAGUCAUUUAUCUUUCAGGCCCGUCUUCGUUUGCGGUCACAACUUUGUCUGCACAUGAUCUGUUGUGUUAAACAUUCAAUCGGUCAUCCACCACUAUACAGGCCAAGAUUUCCUACUUGAUAACCGACAAAAGGAAAUGGAAAUAGUAAGUAGUCCUUGGUCUGCUUUAGUAUCAUCAACAAUCAUGACAUGCUUCUAUCAAAUCGGUUCUACUAAAUAGGAAUCAGUUAUACAGAUGAAACCAUUUAUUUACAAUAAAUUUAGAGAUCAGUGACCUCAACAGAGAGUACUAAUUUGGGUCUGUCCAAGUGUUACACUGGCCUGGCUUAGAGAGCUCAAGGAGGUGACAAGAGAAAGAUUUCACUUUCCAAAACUCAGUAUAUGCGCAAUACAAUACAACAACGUUAAAACAUAGUAAAGGGAACACACUGUCUGCAUGGUGGUCACGUUAAAAAAGGAGGAACAACUUUACAAGAAACUGCAAGUGAAACUGCACUGACUGUGAUGAGCACUGCUGCAGCUUAAUGCAGAUGUUUUUUUCCCCAGCCAAACCUACAGUCUUAUGUGGUACUGCAUCAUAGUAAUGUAUGCAUCGAGCCUCACACUGUAUACAGUAAGUGUAUAGCCAAACCUAAUUUAUAAAUACUGUAUGCUGGCCUUGUUACUGUUGAGUCUGACUCCAAAGCACUGCCCUUUGAGGUGGAGAGAAACAAACUGUAAGGCAGCAUCAACACAGGCACGGAAGACUGAAUCAACUUGACAGGUCAAAUACAACUUCACUAGAUACUUAACUGAAAUAUAACCUGGAUAUAUUCUGUUUAGAUCAGAACUGUGCGACAAAAUGCAAUUGGUCUCAUUUUUUCAGUUCGUGUUUUAAGUGAAGUUGAAGCAACAUGAAUAUAUCUUCUACCCGCCAUCAUCAAAGGUCUUAGUACAUAAUAAAAAUGUCCUGCUAGUGAGAUUGGUACCCUCAAACAUUUAUAUCCGGUGUGCGAUGAGACACUUUUCCGCAAACUAAUUCCAGGAACAUUAAUUGCUCCAAAUAGGUUUAGCUCUGCUGAUACAAUAACUAGACUAUUUCCCCAUGUGGCUUUCCAAGGAACUGAAAAACUUAAAAAACAUUUUUUUUUGCUAUUUGUGCCUGUGUAAAUGCAAUGAAUAUCCCCUACUUGUGCUUCUCACGUUGCCAAAAUGAGCCCUGUAUUUCUACAGAGAGGAUUUCUGUAGAGAUAGUAACAGCCUAAAAGAACGGCCCAAAAUAUUUCAAAGUAGCAACACUAGCUUAUACUGGCCAAGCAAGCAGUUUACAUUAAAGGCACAUUUCACUGUUUGCUUGAGACACUAAUGAAGUGGAUGCUGGUUUAAAGGACCAAGUGUAGCAACAGAUGCCAUCAUUACAUCUCUGGUAGCUCAUUUAAAUCAAGGUCUAGCUGGCUCUGAGGUUGAUGAACCACUGACGGCUAGCUUACAACAUGACCACUUCACUGAGUAGUUAGUGGUUGUUAAGAACAGACUUGAGUGUUACACGCUUCUGACAACAUAGCCACAAAGUAUAGUUAAACACUUUCCAUCAAAUAUUACCUGUAACAUAGAUUAAUUUGAAAUCAUUUAUUUUGAUUUAGUGUUUUAUGUACAUUAGUUUUUACUUUCAGUAGUCCAGGGAGCUUGUUUGAGCUUUCCCUGUUCACUUGAAAUUAGUUGUAAUUGGUGCAGAUUGAGAUGUUGUGAAGAAGCCACUUUUUACUGUUGCUCCAUUCCUGAGAGGGAAAGUUUCAAACUCUAAACCAUUUUUGUUCCUUUUUCUUAAAUCAAGAUUGAACUAAUUCUGAGGACUGUAAAGUACACAUUCUGCAGUGACGGGUUAUGAUAAAAGUUCAACUGCACAUUCUGGUUUUGUACUUAUAUACAAUGUUUACAACCUGUGAUUUUUCAAGAACUGGAAGUAUUCAUUCCCAUGAAGAGGCCUGAGUUCAUUUCAGGAAGCGUUUUUCUUGUGUCAAAUAUUUAUAAACUAUCAAAUUUUUCAUAAUUAUUAAGUACUACAGGAAAAUGUUUCUAAAUUGCACCCAGGCCUGAAACACUUUGUGUACAGUGUUGCUCUAACAAAUCUCCCAGCUUUCAGUGGGACUUGUACAGUGUUUAUACGUCUCUAUGCUGUAUAUACAUAAUGUUGAUAAUCACUGUGGCCCUUUAGCUUUAGUUUAAUAUCAGCUCUAUUGCCAACAGUAUGUUGCCUUGACUGCAUAAUAAAUUUAGAUUAAAU